AUGAAUCAGACGUCAAGCAGUAUACAUUCGCCCUCGCCCUCUACUCCGGAUAUCAACGAUACUAUUGGUCUCUUAUACGUAGGGAUCAUGAUGGCGGCAGUGCUGUACGGUGUAACAUUGCACCAGGUUCAUCGCUAUUACACCCUAUACCCUCGGGAUUUUUGGUGGUACAGAGUCCUGGUGCCGUCUCUCCUCGUUCUUGAAACAGCUCAUACAAUCCUAAAUGCGGAUAGCUACUACUAUUACCUCGUAACCAGCCAUGGAAGCGUCACGAAUAUUCUCCAUUACCGCCUAUCCCUCAAGCUCAGUAUAUUUGUAAUAGGUGCCUCCAUGCUACUUUGCCAAGCUUUCUAUGCCUCGCGCAUAUAUCUAUUUGGAUCCCGCCAUUUCCGCCAUUUCGCGUUUACCUCGGUCAUAUUCCCACUUACGGUCUUGUUCGCCCUCGCGGAAACAGGGUUCGCUCUAGGUCUUGCGGCCGAAGCGUUCAGCUCGUCUUCUAUUCUCAUCUCGGUUACUCAUAGCUGGAUGAUUUCUGCAACGUAUGGAAGUGCAGUUGCCGUAGACACCCUCAUAACAGCGACCAUGAUUUAUAUUCUACUACGAAGCCGCACCGGGUUUAGCAACCGCAUGGCCCAAGAAAUACGCGGGAGUGUCCACGAGCUUCAUCAGCCAGAGAUGUGCGUCACUACCCUCAUUCCGGACCAUUGCGGCUCGCACAACAUCUGA